AAUUGACAGUGAUGUAAGCUGUUUUACGCUUUGACGAAAUGCCCCCUGUGGAACAAAAACGAAACUCCCACCAAGAUCAAAUAUUCUUAAUCGGCUUGUCUGUCUUAGGUGCAUCAAUUCAGAGCAAGUCUCUGUUGUUUUUGGGACACAACACAACUCAAGAGAAGACCAAAGCCUGAUUCACCAGUUUUCUCGGGAAAACACAAAUUUUAUUUGGUCUUUCGAGUUGUGAAAAGAAAAAUCGUUCGACCCUCCUGAUCGAUUGGGAGCUGGAGUGAAUCCCAACCAGCCCCUCAAAAAAGAAAAGGCAAGGGCUUGGGUUGUGUUCAACAAUUUAUGAGCACAAGAUUCCUCAACUUAAUACAGUAGGUGGAGGAGUAGAGGGAUUUUUUUUUCUUUAACCGGAUGGAUCCUACUCUGAAGCUGCUUGCCUUUCUGAUUCUUGCUUUGGCCAAUAUCCGUCCCAUCAAGAGUGAUUUUAGCCACUGUGAGAAGGUUGUUAAAAACUGGGCAUUCUCUUCCCUUCAACAACGAGUUAAAGAGGACAAGCAUACACUUCGAGAUUUGUUGUUUUUCCUUCAUGUCCCCAGAACUGGUGGCCGCACGUAUUUUCACUGUUUCUUGAAAAGGUUGUACGCUAAUGCUCAAGAAUGCCCCCGUUCUUAUGAUAAGCUACGGUUUGAUCCAAGGAAGCAGGAAUGCAGGUUGUUGACAACUCACGAUGACUAUAGCAUGAUGUCCAAACUUCCCAAGGAGAAAACUUCAGUGGUGACCAUUCUUAGAAAUCCAGUUGACCGCAUCUUUAGCACUUAUGAAUUCUCAAUUGAAGUUGCAGCUAGGUUUUUGGUGCAUCCUAACUUAACUUCUGCUACAAAAAUGGUUGGCCGCUUGCGCCCUGGAGCUACUGGAGUCAGUACAUUGGAUAUAUGGCCGUGGAAAUAUUUGGUCCCAUGGAUGAGGGAAGACCUUUUUGCUCGGAGGGAUGCUAGAAAAAGGAUGGGCUCAAUUGACAUUAAGAGGAAUAACCCAUACAACAUGGAGGAAAUGGUGAUGCCUUUACAGGAAUAUAUCAAUGACCCUAGAGCCCAUGAGCUUGUACACAAUGGAGAGACGUUCCAGGUUGCAGGAUUGACAAACAACUCUUAUUUUGCGGAAUCACAUGAAGUGCGUUGUUGUGUGCAGAAGCAUAAGAUUCUUGGUGAACAUAUUCUUGAAGUUGCAAAGAAGAGGUUGGAUGAUAUGCUAUAUGUUGGGCUCACCGAGGACCACAGAGAGUCUGCAACUAUGUUUGCAAAUUUAGUCGGUGCACAGGUGAUUUCUCAGGCAUUAACAGACAAUUCUAGCAUGGAGAGUGCUGCUAAUAGCAAAUCAGGUACAGAGCAGCAGGGUUCUUCGCAUGCUGAAUCAUUGCCUGACAAUGAUGAUAAUCAGGAUAGCACUUCAGACCACAAGGCAGAUGAAAUUGGUUCCACGAAGGAUCUGGAAGAGAAGAAAGAAACUAUGACUGUGGGUAAACUUAUGGAAGCUUAUGAAGGCUGCAUGUCUAGUUUACGAAAGACCCAGUCACGUCGCCGCAAGUCUUCUUUGAAGAGAAUCUCUCCAGCAAACUUUUCGAAGGAGGAUCGUAGUAGGGUUUCUGAGGUGGUUAUUCAGCAGAUAAGAUCACUAAACCACCUUGAUUUGGAGCUAUAUAAAUAUGCUCAGGAGAUCUUUGCAAAGCAACACAAGCAUGUGGUGGAAAAGUUGUCUAGUAUGGAGGCGGAGAGCAUGUUCAACAACCUUGGUGGGAUCACGAUGUGGAAAUUCUUUUCAUCAGCCAUGUGCAUUGUCGUCCUCCUUGCACUCCUUUUCCUAUUUGUAAAUGCAAGAAGAAGAAUGUCGAAAGUUAAGAUAUAAAACAUCACUUUCUACUUGUUUAGAAAUAGAAGAUAUCCAUUGGCCAAAAGGGAAAAAAAAAAAAAAAAACUCCUCUACACUGGAUAGGAAAGUAGGUUUCAUUCCUAUGCCUCUCGUUUAAUUGAAGCUCGAUCAACGAUGGACUGGUUCUCUUUUUUUUUU